UUCAAACAGUGACUCGCCAGCUCCAGGCAUUGAAUAUGCACUGAAUAAAAGAUGCAGAUCUCCCUGGCCAUUCACCAACAUCCUGCUUUCAAGGAUGUAUUAAUGUGGGCAUGCUGUCAAGUUGACCAUCACGUCUAUACCUCUAGGGAAACAUGGCGGGAGCAAUGAGUGUCACUAUAUUUCUAUCUUUUGUUUCGGUAGCCGUCACUCUAGGGUCCACUGGAGCCCCAAACUUGUCUUCAUCGAAGGCUACCAAAAAGACUACCCCAACAUCGCCUGUCAUCACCACAGUGGCCCCUGCCUCAAAAGCCAAUAUAACAAGUCUCAUUUUCAAUGAAACACCUGAUUCAGCUCCUACUGGUAACACUGGAGUCCCAUUGGAAUCAUCACCGACAACUUUGCCUUCCCAAUCCUCCCAGACACUGACUCCAUCACAAGCAUCCGAUGGUAGCACCACCUCUACAGGUUUUACAGCGGACACUUCUACAAAUCAGACCCUAACUGGAACAACUUCUCAUGACUCCACAUCCUCAAACUUCUCGUCAACUUUGUCACCAAACUCUGAUUUUACCACAGGGAACAUGAGCUCAAGCACAGCUUCACAAAGUGAUGGGAGCCAUGACUUAUCAAGGAGUCCGGGUCUUGUAGCAGUCCUAUGCAUAUUUUGCAUCUGUCUGGGUCUUCUACUGGCUGUUGGGAUUGCAAAGUUCAUUAAUUCCAGAGGUUCAAAGUUUGAGAGGCUCGAAGAUGUGCCAAUGGGCAAGAUGAAUGAAGAGUCUCCAUUUGCCCGUUAUCCAACAAAACAAUUCUGAAAGAUAACACAUCAUGAGACAAAGCCAUUGACCCAGAACUGAUAGAAUGUAAAUCAGUCUUUUGUUUGGGUUCAGAUGGUGCCGUUCAUGACAUGUCAUCCAUCCACCAUCAUGUUUUUUUCCUGUCUUUGUUUGUUUUGUCUGGCUGCUGGAAAGUGACAUAUGUUUGAAAGAAACCAGUAUAGCCCAAGGGCUACAAUCAACCCUGUGAUGUAGUACGGAAUAUCUACUCUGAGGUUGGUCAGCAGCAUACUAAAGUUGAUCAUUGGCCCAAGGUGAAGUACUAUUCAUUCAAAGAUGGAUGGAUGCGUCAAGAACCAUAAUGUAGAAGAUGCACAGACAAUGGCUGCGCUUCACAGGCAGCUCAAUUCUGCUCUUUUGUCCAAUUAUUGCAAAAAGAUCUGAUCUGAUUUGUCAAAAGCCCAAUUAUUGGCACAUGUACAGAAUUUAGUUAUCUGGAAUUCUACGUCUGGUAGAAAUGUGUUUGGGUAAGGAAAGUUUCCUCUCAUAACCUCUACAAGACAGCAUGUUAAAUAAAACAACAUUUAAAUUUACUCAAACUAGGGGUCAUGGCCAGAUUAGAAAAUGGGGUCCUGAGAGAAACUCCAAAAUGUUUAUUGCAUAUUGUUUAUUGCUUAUUGCCAGAUGAUCUUCUGAACUUCCCAAUACCUUUUUGAUGCAUUUCAGUCACUUCAAACCAUACUUCCAUCAGAUUUGAAUUAUGUCAAAAGUACUGUCCAACUGAUUUGUAAUAGACUGUCAUAGCUCCAAUUUAAAAAGUAAACAUUGUAAACAUUUUUUAUUUGAUCUAAUGGGGUUAGCAGCCUAAAAAGUUUGGGAAACCAUACUCUACCCGCUGUUGGUUCUUUUGACCUUAGGAAUGCCAGACAAUAUAUCCGCAGGAAAGUAGAAUCCAAUAAAGUUACCAAAGCACUGGUAGUGCGUUCCGAUUUCUAUCACCUGAAGCAUGCACCGAACUAUGUAAACGCGUGCAUGAGCUUGGCAAGUAUCAUGCCUGUAUUUGCAUUUUGUGGCAUGCUUCAAGUGAUUAUAGAAUAUUUAACGCUCUACCAGCGCUUUGAAACGUUUAUUUAAUUAUACUUUACUGUGGAUGUCUCACAGUCCUACCUGCAAAAAAAACACCCGCAUGGACAACCGGUAAAGUAUUUUAAAAUAAACCGUUUCCUCCAAACAGAAUACGCAAACGAUAGUUUCUAUUGGACAAUUCGGGUAUUCGUUUCGUUCCUUUUGCACGGUUUGCUUCCGUUUUGUUUUAAAUGGCAAACGGUUUCUAUAAUGAAUACGCCCCCGUGUAAAUGCAGCCAAUGUGUCAGGUAUCAUUAGAAAUAAAGCUGCUUCAAAUUCUCUGCUUAUUGAAAAUACUCAAUUGCCUAAUUUUUGUAUGGUUUGAAUUAUGUUUUCUGUUCUCCAGACGUGUUAUAUAUAUAUAUAUAUAUAUAUAUUUUUUAGGGGUAGGGUUAUAUAAAUUGUUAUCCUAAGACACAUUUUUUAAAGUGACCCACAAACAGCUAGUCAAUAGCACUAUUUUUUGUUUGUUUACCUGUGUUAACUAAAGUAAUGCUAUGACAACAACCGGGAAAAUUGACAAUAAUAGGGCACUUUCUCAAUAAACUCCAGGCUUGUUGUCAUUGACAAGACGGUGAAGUUAGAGCGAAAAAGACGAUUUAGCUGCUCACUGUUCAGCUUCCAGCCUCCCAUAAUUUGACUAAACUGCGUGUACUGCUCGGUUGCACGCGAACAUUGUUUACAGCCACAAACAUUUCCUGGCAUGUGACUGAACGCCAUUCGCAACGAAAGCUGCACGGACAGAGUUUCAAGUCUAAAAAGUAAUAAUAAAAAAAGUACGGUGAUAAAGACAACGAACUUCAAUGAAGAAACAGAACUACAUUUUCCUUCAUAAGCUGCAGUUGUGGUGUCUUUCUUCUCUGAAAUACUAAAGUCGACCAAAGCUGCAGUCUUGCCACACCAGGUGAAGGCGUCCCAGAGCUUCUGUGUCAAUGUCUUGGCUGUUGGCUGAGAGUCUGAGGGACUCUCUACCCACGGCCAACCUCAGCUAUGCAGUGCGGCGGCGUUUCUCAGGGACAAUACUGCUGCCCCCACUGUCUCGGCGCCACUCCACCCACACCCAGGACCACCGCAGGCUGCUGGACCUGGAGGCCCUCUACAGGAAUACCCUUGCCAGCGUGGCUGCCACGAGCCUGGAGACCAUCAACAACUCCAAUUUUGAUGUGGAGAAUGGGCUGCCGGUGGGACGCAGCCCUCUGGACCCCCAGGCCAGCCCCAGCUCCGGCCUGGUCCUGCAGGCCAACUACCCCCACAGCCAGCGCCGCGAGUCCUUCCUCUACCGCUCCGACUCAGACUUCGACCUCUCACCAAAAGCCAUGUCCCGCAACUCCUCCAUGGCCAGUGAGCUACAUGGAGAAGACAUGAUUGUGACACCAUUUGCACAGGUGCUCGCCAGUCUCCGAACAGUCAGAAGCAACUUUGCCGUCAUAACUCAUCUGCAGGAUCGGCCCAACAGGCGGCCGUCAGGCAGCAACACUCCCUCAAUGCCUACUCAUACCAAUCCAAGCAUACCAGAGGAGCCCUACCAGAAGCUGGCCAUAGAGACACUAGAGGAGCUGGACUGGUGUCUGGACCAGCUGGAGACCCUGCAGACCUGUCACUCAGUCAGCGAGAUGGCUUCCAACAAGUUCAAAAGGAUGCUGAACAGAGAGCUCACCCAGUUGUCAGAAACCAGCCGGUCAGGAAACCAAGUCUCAGAGUUUAUCGCCAACACUUUCCUAGAAAAGCAGCAAGAUGUGGAGAUCAUGUCUGGGCCUCUUAAAGACAAGGACAAGAAGAAGAGGCCCAUGUCCCAGAUUGUUGCGGUGAAGAAACCUGUCCUCAGCCCCAGCCUUGCCCCUACCCAGAUCCCCCGCUUUGGGGUCACCACGCUCCAUGAGGGUCUACUGGCAACGGAAUUUGAAGACAUCAAUAGAUGGGGUCUAGAUAUUUUCAAGAUAGCUGAAUACUCGGGGAAUCGGCCUUUGACCGUGGUGAUGUACUCCAUUUUCCAGGAGCGAGAGCUGCUGAAGAACUUUAAGAUCCCAGCCGACACCUUUGUCACCUUCAUGAUGACCCUGGAGGACCACUACCACACUGACGUGGCCUACCACAACAACAUCCAUGCUGCCGACGUGGUACAGUCCACUCACAUCCUCCUCUCCACCCCUGCCCUAGAGGCUGUCUUCACUGACCUGGAGAUCAUGGCUGCUCUGUUUAGCAGUGCCAUACAUGACGUGGAUCACCCCGGAGUGUCCAACCAGUUCCUCAUCAACACAAACUCUGAGCUGGCUCUGAUGUACAACGACGCUUCUGUCCUGGAGAACCACCACCUGGCCGUGGGCUUCAAGCUGCUGCAGGAGGACAACUGUGACAUCUUCCAGAGCCUCAGCAAGAAACAGGGACAGUCCCUCAGGAAGAUGGUCAUCGACAUGGUGUUGGCCACUGACAUGUCCAAGCACAUGAACUUCCUGGCUGACCUGAAGACCAUGGUGGAGACCAAGAAGGUGACCAGUCUGGGAGUGCUGCUGCUGGACAACUACUCAGACCGCAUCCAGGUCCUGCAGAACAUGGUUCACUGUGCUGACCUGAGUAACCCCACCAAGCCACUAGACGUCUACCGCCAGUGGACGGACCGCAUCAUGAUGGAGUUCUUCACCCAGGGGGACAGGGAGAGGGACAAGGGCAUGGAGAUCAGCCCUAUGUGUGACAAACACAAUGCCUCUGUCGAGAAGACCCAGGUGGGAUUCAUAGACUACAUUGUCCACCCUCUGUGGGAGACGUGGGCUGACCUGGUCCACCCUGAUGCCCAGGACAUUCUGGACACGCUAGAGGACAACCGGGAGUGGUACCAGAGUAUGAUCCAGCGCAGCCCCUCACCCACCCUUGAGGACAGGGACCUUGAUGGGGGGCCAGGGGCCCUGGAGGCCAUGGCGGGGGGCUGCUGCACCUCCACAGGGGACAAGUUCCAGUUUGAACUCACCCUGGAGGAGGAGGAGGAGGAGGAGGGCGACAUCGAGUCAGACCUGGAGAGCCCACCCGAGGAGGAGAUGUCACUGGGGGGAGAGACUUCUAGGAAGACCCCGGCCCUGUCUCAAUCCCCAGAGCCCAGCAGCAGCACCAGACACCGGCCCCCCUCCCCUCACCCUGGCCGGGCCCUCAGUCUGACCACCAUGUCAGUUAGGAGCCCCGGCCAUCUCAGGACGUUGAGCCCCGGGCUGGACGGGGACGACAGAGACGAUAUGGACAGAGAACUGGGUCAGGAAGGCAAUAGUGUAGCGUACCUACGGCUUGGCACGUAACACCAACCCUAGCCCACCCAGUACCUCAUUCAGUCCCUGCCUUGGUUCGUGGGUCCCAGCAGCAAUUGGACAUGCAGGGUGGGUUUUUUGACAACAGUCUGUAAUGACAACAGUCCCUUUACACUGAAGACACCUUUACACUGACCACCUUCCCUCCGUUUAAUCUUGUAGAACAAGAAGUAUUGUUAUAUCCUCUUUUUUUUCUCCUUUGUGCCAGAUGGGACUUUUUAGUCCUGCUUUCUGUAAUUGAUUCUAGGGGUAAAGUGUCAGAAACAGACUGCUGUAUAUGUCUAGCUGAUCUAAUGACAUGGCUAACCAGUCUCACCAACGUCUCCUGAUGGAGCAAGGAAUUCUACCGAGAAAAUGUCUUCCUCAAAAUGAUGGAAUAUAGAUCUAUUCAAUGGAAUAUUGUAAGGAUUGUGAUCAAUUUACAGGGUCUUAGAACUGUUGCACCAUACAAUUAGGGGGAUUAUAUUUGUUUGAAUUCAGUAAGCAUAAACUAGUAUAUUUUAUUUAGUUUCUGAGAUUUCUGUGAAUGAUAAGUUUAACCAAAUCCAGUAUGUACCUGAAUAGUGAGAUAAUUGUGACUUAAACCUCAGGGUAUGGAGAGAGAAAUGAUGUAGCACAGACAUCUUGGGUGCCCCUUAACCUAGACUGCCUGUUUCGAGUUUUGUCGCUGACGACAAACGUUUCUUAGAACUUCAAGAGGUUCAAGUUACACAAAAAUACAUAACUGAUUGACAUGUGUCUGGCGCCCUCUAUUGAUCUAAAUGAAGAGUUUGAGAACUAAAGCAAGUUAAUAAGUAUGGAGUAAGAAACAAACAGUACCAGUAUAAUUAUAUACAGUGGGGUCUGAAAUUAUUUACACCCUUGAUACAGAAUAAUUUAUAGGAAAUCUUUAUGGGUGUCAAUAAUUCUGAACCCUACCUUUUAGGGGUGGAAAAGUCAUUUUUUAGCACAAAAUAUAGCUCAGUAUUUUUAUUAUUUAUUUUAUAGAGUCAAUAUUGCUAUUCUUUAUCAAUGGUGUCAAUAAUUUCAGACCCCACUGUAUACAAGUCAAGUAUUUAAACAUUUCCUGAAGUACUGUGGUUGAUUGGGUUGUUUUAAAUCUAGACAAACACCACCACUACACUCAUAUUCGUAAAAUUGUAUUUGUUUUUAUGGGGUCGUAUUUUACGUUUUUGUCACAUUUUUAAAUAUGAUAUGAAAUGGUUGUUUUCUUUUAUAUAUUUGGGAUGUCUUCAGUAUGUCUGUUUGUCUCUGUGCUUUGUAAGCAUAGUUAUCAGGGUGCCUCCACCAUCCAGUAGCACUUUACAAUCUCUGUUGUAAAUUAAUUCAGUUCUGAAGCGCUUGAGCCAAACCAUGAUUCUACUAGACAGCUUACUGAAGGUUGUGUAGAUCUGAGAGGAAUGGAUAGGUGUAAUAAAUGUGGUAAUAAUUCCACCUAACCUAUCAGAGUGGUUAAAUUGUGGUUAAAUUGUCAUGUACUGUAGCUUAAACCUAUGAAAUCCUGUCAGAUCUCCACAAGUGUCUAGGGGUUAGGGGCUAUGGGUUGUUUCUAGACAGGGCCGCAGAGUAGACGAAUAGGGGGUUUUGUCCAGUAGGGUGCGAUGCUUUGAAAGUUGCAGAUAGAAAUGUAGUGAACAGAGAUGAUAUGAUUCCCUGUAAAACACAGCAGAAAAUAAUUUCCGUAUUGACAUUUGAUAACUUACCAUUUGCCUGAAUAGGCCCCUAAUGUCUUGUUUAAUUUGUUCUUGAGGGAAACAAGUAUAUAGGGAAAAUUGUGCCACAAGUGUUUGGAAUUUGAACCAAAGCAUCUGCCAGCCUAAGUCAUUAUGAAAUGUUUAACACAAUGUUCUCUCUGAAGUUGAUUGUAUUCAUGUUAUUUGAUCAAUUGUUAGAAUUAUGCUAAUUUUUUUAAUGGGAAAUGUCGUACCUUAAUACGUUGGAUGUAAUGCUUCGACUUAAAUGCCUCAUUCAAGUUUGUCAAAUUGAUUAAUGUUCUGCUCUUCACAGGGAUACAGCUUUUAUCUACAGUAUGCGAAUGCCAAUUGACCACAGCAAAACACAUCCAUUUUCCACCAAUGCUGUAUAACUUUUAACAAGUAUGCUACAGGGAAGGACCAACAGGAAUUGUAAGACGUUGUGGAGAAUAUGCUUGUACCUCAGAUGUACAGUACUCGUCAAAAGUUUGGACACCUUCUCAUUCAAGGGUUUUUCUUUAUUUUUUACUAUUUGCUACAUUGUACAAUAAUAGCGAAGAUGUCAAAACUAUGAACACAUAUGGAUUCAUGUAGUAACUAAAAAAUAUUUUUUGAGAUUCUUCAAUGUAGCCAAGCUUUGCCUUGAUGACAGCUUUGUACACUCUUGGCAUUCUCUCAAACAGCUUCAUGAGGAAUGCUUUUCCAACAGUCUUGGAGUUCCUACAUAUACAGUUGAAGUCGGAAGUUUACAUACUCCUUAGCCAAAUACAUUUAAACUCAGUUUGUCACAAUUCCUAACAUUUAAUCCCUGUUUUAGGUCAGUUAGGGUCACCACUUUAUUUUAAUGUGAAAUGUCAGAAUAAUAGUAGAGAGAAUGAUUUAUUUCAGCUUUUAUUUCUUUCAUCACAUUCCCAGUGGGUCAGAAGUUUACAUACACCCAAUUGCAAAUGUUUCAAGUAGCCUUCCACAAUACUUUGGGUGAAGUUUGGCCAAUUCCUCCUGACAGAGCUGGUGUAACUGAGUCAGAUUUGUUGGCCUCCUUUCUCGCACACACUUUUUCAGUUCCGCACACACAUUUGCUAUGGGAUUGAGGCCAGGGCUUUGUGAUGGCCACUCCAAUACUAUGACUUUGUUGACCUUAAGCCAUUUUGCCACAACUUUGGAAGUAUGCUUGGGGUCAUUGUACAUUUGUAAAAGACCAAUUUGCGACCAAGCUUUAACUUCCUGACUGAUGUCUUGAGAUGUUGCUUCAAUAUAUCCACAUACUUUUGCUUCCUCAUGAUGCCAUCUAUUUUGUGAAGUGCACCAGUCCCUCCUGCAGCAAAGCACCCCCACAACAUGAUGCUGCCACCUCCGGUUGGGAUGGUGAUCUUUGGCUUGCAAGCCUCCCCCUUUUUCCGCCAAACAUAACAAUGGUCAUUAUGGCCAAACAGUUCUAUUUUUGUUUCAUCAGACCCAAGAAGAUUUCUCCAAAAGUGCAAUCUUUGUCCCCAUGUGCAAUUGCAAACCAUAGUAUUUUUAUGGUGGGUUUGGAGAAGUGGCUUCUUCCUUGCUGAGAAGCCUUUCAGGUUAUAUUGUGGAGGGCCACAAUUUUUUUCUGAGGUCUUGGCUGAUUUCUUUUGAUUUUACCAUGAUGUCAAGCAAAGAGGCACUGAGAUUGAAGGUAGGCCUUGAAAUACAUCCACAGGUACACCUCCAAUUCACUCAAUUUAUGUCAAUUGGCCUAUCGGAAGCUUCAAACGCCGUGACUUCAUUUUCUGGAACUUUUCCAAGCUGUUUAAAGGCACAGUCAAUUUAGUGUAUCUAAACUUCUGACUCACUGGAAUUGUGAUACAGUGAUACAGUGAGUUAUAAGUGAAAUAAUCUGUCUGUAAACAAUUGUUGGAAAAAUUACUUGUCAUGCACAAAGUAGAUGUCCUAACCGACUUGCCAAAACUCUAGUUUGUUAAGAAGUUUGUGGAGUUGUUGAAAAACAAUUUUUAAUGACUCCAACCUAAGUUUAUGUAAACUUCUGACUUCAACUGUAUAUUCUGGGCACUUGUUGGCUGCUUUUCCUUCACUCUUCGGUCCAACUCAUCCCAAACCAUCUCAAAUUGGGUUGAGGUCUGGUGAUUGUGGAUGCCAGGUCAUCUGAUGCAGCACUCCUUGGUCAAAUAGCCCUUACACAGCCUGGAUGUGUGUUUUGAGUCAUUGUCCUGUUGAAAAACAAAUGAUAGUCACACUAAGCGCAAACCAGAUGGGAUGGCGUGCCGCUGAAUGCUGUGGUAGCAAUGCUGGUUACGUGUGCCUUGAAUUCUAAUUAAAUCACAGACAGAGUCACCAGCAAAGCACCAUCACACCUCCUCCAUGCUUCACGGUGGGAACCACACAUGCGGAGAUCAUCUGUUCACCGACUCUGUGUCUCACAAUGUCACGGCAGUUGGAAUCAAAAAUCUCAAAUUUGGACUCAUCAGACCAAAGGACAUAUUUCCACUGUCCAUUGCUUGUGUUUCUUGGCCCAAGCAAGUCUCUUCUUCUUAUUGGUGUCCUUUAGUAGUGGUUUCUUUGCAGAAAUUUGACCUUGAAGGCCUGAUUCACACAGUCUCCUCUGAACAGUUGAUGUUGAGAUGUUUCUGUUACUUGAACUCUGUGAAGCAUUUACUUGGCCUGCCAUCUGAGGUGCAGUUAACUCUAAUGGACUUAUCCUCUGCAGCAGAGGUAACUCUGGGUUUUCCUUUCCUGUUGCGGUCCUCAUGAGAGCUAGUUUCAUCAUAGCACUUGAUAGUUUCUUCAAGUGCAGUCGCAAAAACCAACAAAGUUCUUGAAAUUUUCCGGAUUCAUGUCUUAAAGUAAUGAUGGACUGUCAUUUCUCUUUGCUUAUUUGAGCUGUUCUUGACAUAAUAUGGACUUGGUCUUUUAUCAAAUAGGGAUAUCUUCUGUAUACAACCCCUACUUUGUCACAAACGCAUUAAGAAGGAAAGAAAUUACACAUGUUAACAUUUAACAAGGCACACCUGUUAAUUAAAAUGUAUUCCAGGUUGCUACAUGAUUCCAUAUGUGUUAAUAGUUUGUCUUCACUAUUAUUCUACAAUGUAGAAAAUAGUACAAAUAAACACCCUUGAAUGAGUAGGUGUCUAAACUUUUGACUGGUACUGUACAUAGAGAAGAAUCAGUGGAGGCUGCUGUGGGGAGGACGGCUCAUAAUGCUGGCUGGAACGGAGCAAAUGGAAUGAUGGAAACCAUAUGGGAACCAUGUGUUUGAUACCAUUCCACUUAUUCCGCUCCAACCAUUAUCACGAGCUCGUCCUCCCCAAUUAAGGUGCAACCGACCUCCUGUGAUAAGAAUACCUCCCAUUUUGAAGCGAUAGGACAGUGAAAUUUGAAAUGAACAGAACUUCCAAAAAGGUUCAACAGCUCCAGCUUGGUUAACUUGCCUGCGAACUAACACUAAAAAGUAUCCCCCCUUAACUCUUUUCCUGGUAAGGCAAGAGAAGAGUACAUUAGUAUUCAUACAUACUGUACUUUGACAGUAUUCCAUUCACUCAGCUGUUUGGUCAUGAAUAAGCAAACAGCUGAAAUAAGAACCUUAAAUUGUGAUGGGGAGGAGCUCAACUGCAUUGAGGGUAAAACGUACAUAAAUCAGUGCCAUUCAGUGUUAAACGUGUUGGCUGAGAAGUUAGAAUGGUGAUAAUUUGUUCCCUUGGUCCCCUUUUAUUGCUUUGCUCUGAAACAGUGGCACACGAUGGCAUGCCAUUACUGUUGUACUUCUGUUCUAUGACCGUCUUUUCAUCCUCAAUGUUGUUCCAAGUCAGAUAUUUAUUCGUAGUAUAUUUGUCUGUCAAAAUGUAAGUACUGUAAAAAGAGAUCUUAACGAUAGAAUAUGUAGUUGUGACAUGCAUUUUUGGACUAAUAUAUACCCAUCAGAACCCCAAAUAUAAGCUUGUUUUACUCCAAUGUUUGUAAACAAUGUAAAUGUAAACAAACACUGUAUAGCCUCAACAUGGUUCAAACUAUAAUUUUGAUAUCGUGGAGGGUCAGUCCCUUGCAUCCAUAGCUCAGUCUAUGAAUUAGAGUGUGGGUACAUUUCUCCAGGCCCAUUCCUUUUUAUUUAUUUAUUUAGUUACAUUGUUGUUUCAAUUAAGGAUACUAGCUUUCAAUACAUUUUUCUGGAGCCUAAAAAAAAAAUCAAGUAUACCUUUCAAAAUGUAUACAUCUAUCGCUCCAAUAUUUGUUUAGAGAAUUUGCUUUGUUUUGUUUAUCAUUUUUAAAGCCCAAAGUUUCUGGAGUUCAAGUUGUUCAAGGUGAAAAUGCCAAUAAAUAUGGAAACCUGUAUGCCUAUUAAA